AUGAGUGUGCACAAAAACGAUGGAGUUCGCGGGGUGAUUUUACCGUGGGUUCAGACGCUACUAACGGUGACGAUUUUCGUUGCGAUGUUCGGAGCUGCUAUCUCGUCAAGAUUGUUCUCUGUGAUCCGUUUUGAAUCUAUUAUUCACGAGUUUGAUCCGUGGUUCAAUUUCAGGGCUACAAAGUACCUUGUUUCACACUCUUUUCUGGAGUUUCUAAACUGGUUUGAUGAUAGAACGUGGUAUCCUUUGGGUAGAGUCACUGGUGGAACUCUUUAUCCUGGUUUGAUGACUACUAGUGGAGCUGUGUGGCACUUGUUCCGUAAGAUCGGGUUGCCAAUCGACAUCAGAAACAUCUGUGUGAUGUUUGCACCUGCCUUCUCUGGCGUAACUGCGUGGGCUACUUACCAAUUCACCAAGGAGAUUAAGGACUCGAGCGCUGGUCUUUUGGCUGGAGCUUUUAUGGCUAUUGUUCCUGGAUAUAUCUCGCGUUCGGUGGCUGGUUCUUACGAUAACGAGGCAAUCGCGAUUACACUGCUGAUGGUUACUUUUAUGUUCUGGAUCAAGGCUCAAAAGAGAGGUUCGAUCCUUUAUGCAGCUUUGACUGCUCUAUUCUACUUCUACAUGGUUUCUGCAUGGGGUGGCUACGUUUUCAUUACAAAUUUGAUCCCAUUGCACAUCUUCAUUUUGAUCUUGAUGGGUCGUUAUAACUCCAAAUUGUACGCGGCUUAUACCACUUGGUAUGCUAUCGGUACUUUGGCCUCAAUGCAGAUCCCAUUCGUCGGAUUUUUGCCCAUCAGAUCCAACGAUCAUAUGGCUGCUCUUGGUGUUUUUGGAUUGAUUCAAAUCGUGGCAUUUGGUAAUUUCAUUAAGUCUCAGGUGCCUUCAGAAAAGUUUAAAAUUGUUAUGGUUGUGUCCUUAUUGGUGAUUCUCGGUGUUGGUGUUGCUGGUCUAUUUACUUUGACCUACAUGGGUUUCAUCGCUCCAUGGACUGGUAGAUUUUACUCUUUGUGGGAUACCAAUUAUGCCAAGAUCCACAUUCCGAUCAUUGCAUCUGUUUCAGAACAUCAGCCUGUUGCAUGGCCAGCGUUCUUCUUUGAUACGCAUUUCCUGAUCUGGCUAUUCCCAGCAGGUGUUUUCCUAUUAUUCCUGGAGUUGAAGGAUGAACACGUCUUUGUCAUUGCUUAUUCCGUGCUAUGUUCGUAUUUUGCAGGCGUUAUGAUCAGAUUGAUGUUGACUUUGACCCCAGUUAUUUGUGUUGCUGCUGCUGUGACUUUAUCCAAAUUGUUCGACAUUUACUUGAAUUUCUCCAAAGACGAGAAAAAACUUGACUAUAGCUCAUUGUUGUCACGUCUUGUGGUUAGUGGCUCAUUCAUUUAUUACUUGUACCUAUUUGUGUUCCACUCUACUUGGGUCACCAGAAUCGCUUACUCUUCGCCAUCUGUCGUGUUGCCAUCGACAACUUCAGAUGGCCGUCCCGCACUGAUCGAUGAUUUCCGUGAAGCGUAUUACUGGCUCAGAAUGAACACCGAUGAAGAUGCUAAAGUUGCUGCUUGGUGGGAUUACGGUUACCAAAUCGGGGGUAUGGCUGAUAGAACCACCUUGGUCGAUAACAACACCUGGAACAACACUCAUAUCGCAAUCGUCGGUAAGGCAAUGUCGUCACCUGAAUGGAAAUCGUACCAAAUCUUCAAGCAACACGAUGUCGAUUACGUGUUAGUGAUCUUUGGCGGUGUUUUAGGUUUCAGCGGUGACGAUAUUAACAAGUUCCUGUGGAUGAUCAGAAUUAGUGAGGGUAUCUGGCCAGAUGAGAUAAAGGAGAGAGACUUCUUCACUUCAAGCAACGAAUACCGUGUUGAUUCGCGAGCUACAAAGACGAUGAAGGAAUCUCUGCUGUACAAGAUGUCCUACAAGGAUUUCCCCGCCCUAUUCAAGGGUCAAGGGCAGGAUAAAGUUCGUGGUCAAGCGAUUAGCGCCGCAGACGUUGAGCCCUUGGACUAUUUCGAAGAAGUGUUCACUUCCGAAAACUGGCUCGUCAGAAUCUACCAAUUAAGAGACGAAGACCCAGAGGGCAGAGAUUUACACGACGUGGGACUCUUCGAAAGAAACACCAAGAGUGCCAGGAAGAGAAACUCAAAAAAACCAAGUCUUGAAAUGAGAGUUUAG